CCAUGGGGACCUGGAUGCUGACGAAGGCUCGCGAGGCUGUGAGCAGCCACAGUGCCCUGCUCAGAAGCUGGGGGCUCCUCAGUCAAGCCGGUCCUAGGUUCUUACUCGGCAGCACGGGCAGGCGAGUGGCUCCUGGUUCCGGGAGCAGAACAGCAGUGCCCCAGCCCUGGUCCUCCAGCCCUGAGCCUCGCCUGCCCGCACGGCACCAGGAUGGCCACCAUCACCUGCACCCGCUUCACAGAAGAGUACCAGCUCUUCGAGGAACUGGGAAAGGGAGCCUUCUCGGUGGUGCGCAGGUGUGUGAAGGUGCUGGCUGGCCAGGAGUAUGCUGCCAAGAUCAUCAACACCAAGAAACUCUCGGCCAGAGACCAUCAGAAGCUGGAGCGUGAAGCCCGCAUCUGCCGCCUGCUGAAGCACCCCAACAUCGUCCGGCUCCACGACAGCAUCUCUGAGGAGGGGCACCAUUACCUGAUCUUCGACCUGGUCACCGGCGGGGAGCUGUUUGAGGACAUCGUGGCCCGGGAGUAUUACAGCGAGGCUGAUGCCAGUCACUGUAUCCAGCAGAUCCUGGAGGCCGUGCUGCACUGCCACCAGAUGGGGGUGGUGCACCGGGACCUGAAGCCGGAGAACCUGCUGCUGGCCUCCAAGCUCAAGGGCGCUGCGGUGAAACUGGCAGACUUUGGCCUGGCCAUAGAGGUGGAGGGGGAGCAGCAGGCAUGGUUCGGGUUUGCCGGGACACCUGGAUACCUCUCUCCAGAAGUGCUGCGGAAGGACCCGUACGGGAAGCCCGUGGACCUGUGGGCCUGCGGAGUCAUCCUGUACAUCCUGCUCGUGGGCUAUCCCCCGUUCUGGGAUGAGGACCAGCACCGCUUAUACCAGCAGAUCAAAGCCGGCGCCUAUGAUUUCCCAUCACCAGAAUGGGACACCGUCACCCCAGAAGCCAAGGAUCUCAUCAAUAAGAUGUUGACCAUCAACCCGUCCAAACGCAUCACGGCUGCCGAGGCCCUCAAGCACCCCUGGAUCUCGCACCGGUCCACCGUGGCCUCCUGCAUGCACAGACAGGAGACCGUGGACUGCCUGAAGAAGUUCAACGCCAGGAGAAAACUGAAGGGAGCCAUCCUCACCACAAUGCUGGCCACCAGGAACUUCUCUGGAGGGAAGAGUGGAGGAAACAAGAAGAAUGAUGGUGUGAAGAAAAGAAAGUCCAGUUCCAGCGUUCAGUUAAUGGAAUCUUCAGAGAGCACCAACACCACCAUUGAAGAUGAAGACACCAAAGUGCGGAAACAGGAAAUUAUAAAAGUGACAGAGCAGCUGAUUGAAGCCAUAAGCAAUGGAGAUUUUGAGUCCUACACGAAGAUGUGUGACCCCGGGAUGACAGCCUUCGAACCCGAGGCCCUGGGGAACCUGGUCGAGGGCCUGGACUUCCAUCGAUUCUAUUUUGAAAACCUGUGGUCCCGGAACAGCAAGCCUGUGCACACCACCAUUUUGAACCCCCACAUCCAUCUGAUGGGCGACGAGUCAGCCUGCAUUGCCUACAUCCGUAUCACUCAGUACCUGGACGCCGGCGGCAUCCCCCGCACGGCCCAAUCAGAGGAGACCCGCGUCUGGCACCGCCGGGAUGGCAAAUGGCAGAUUGUCCACUUCCACAGAUCGGGGGCGCCCUCUGUCCUGCCCCAUUGAAGGGCCAGGCGGGGCGCUGUACUGCAGAUAUCUGCUCGUCAUUCGUCCGUCCGUGGAAUGUCGCUGCUGGUUCUCCCACCUUGGAUUUUGCUGGAAUCCCCCCACUCACAUCAUCCCACCACCACCACCACCACCACCACCACCGUCACUUUCAUACCUGCAUCAAGAAAACCUACCCACAAAGCCAUUGCGUCUUCAGAGCAAAUGGCCACCUCUCCCUGCCACCUGUCAAUCUCAGUCUCUGCCCCCUCU